GGGGGAAGAACUUCUUCAACUUGACACCUGCGUUGAGAACCGAAGAAGGCUUCAACUUCACAAUGAGCGAGCGCGUGUAUGAUGAGAUCAACGACAUUGCGAAGGGUAACAAGACCAUCUACCCAGACAACGUUGCCGACACGAACGCCCUCGGAGGAGUGCAGAUGCCACGCUCCUCUUCCGUUGCUGGAGAAUCCGCCGUUGGGGGUGAUGGGGGUGAUGGGAACGACGGUGACGGAGGCUCGGCGUGGGAGUCCGGCUUCAGUGCAAGCAGCACGGGAGGGAACUGCAAGAGGAAGAACAUCCGCCAGCACACAUUCGACAGCAUCGCCGAAGUUACGGAGAAACACGACACAAUGACGGCUAACACCAUGGAGGGGGCGCAAAUGGACAUUCCGUUGUGGUAUGCUGGGGCAUACAUCGAGGACAGGCAGGAGGAUGAUGACAUGGCUGCCCAUCAGGAGUCUGCGGUCUUGCGUUUGGCCUCGUGCUUUGACGAUGCGAGUCGUCGCCGCCACGGCAGCUUGUUGAAGAUGUCCCAGUCAAGGUUGAGCAGAAUCGGGAAUGCUUUCUGCCUCCCUUUCGCCGCAUGCAUGUGGAUCAUGCGUAUGGGAGGUGACGACGUCCGCUCCCACGAGGAGGCGUCCUACUACUCGCAGCUCGUUGCAAAGCCCACACUGUUGGUGGGAGGGUCACAUGCGUUCAACUGGCGCAGGCAUAUUGUUAACUUCAGGAAUGCUGUUUUGUCUCGCCUUGGGAAGCCGCCCUUGACGUUGGGUGUGUUUCCCAACUACAUCCCGGAGUGGGCAGCAUGUCGAGUGCGCUUCAACUACAACGCCAGUUUGGCGGACCCUGAUGUUGUGGCGAGGAUGGACUGGAUGGGGAUGGGACCUGUUGAUGGCGAAAGGAAGGACGAUGGAGACGAUGGCGAUGGAGCGUCGUUAAAGUCGUCGGAGUGGCAGUCCUGCACCUCGUUCUUGCCUUGUCCGCGUACGGAGCGGAAGCGCCCCUGGAACUAAACGAUCGCGUUUUUGUUCUCAAUUCGACGCACGAAUGACCACAAAAAGUUUUUGCAUGCACAGGAACGAAAAAAAGCGCCAGAAAUGAGGUUGGCACAAUGCGCUGGAAAUGUACAAAAAAACACAAUAAAGGCAAGCGUUGUCU